UAAUUAAUUUAAGCAAUAUCUAUCAAGGAUAACUCUUUACUCCGCUUUUAUACAUUGAUGUUCGAAUAAUAACAAGGUCUGUUUUACUGGAAGAAUAUACACAUGAUUAAUAUUUUUUGUGAAAGGUUUAUCUUUAAACUAGAUCUGAAAUUAUUUUGCCCACCUUUCCCAUGUGUAUGGCGACAUUAGUAAUUUGUUUGAGGAAUGGCCAAUUUUUGACACACUGUCCAUUCAGUGCAAGGUUUGAUGAGCAGCUCAUUUUAUGCUAAUUCGCUUAGCGUUAUUUUGUCCUAGGAAAUAUUUCGAAUGACGUUAAAACGUAUUCACCCGCAAUGUAUUUUAUUAAAGACUAUUUCAAGAUUUAGAAUAUAUUGUGCACGAUUUAAAAUCGUGUAAUACGUAUAAAUGACUGCACCACACGAUUGUAUGCCUGAAAUUUAAAAUUACUUUAAAAUUACUCAUACUACGUGCACUUUGAAUUUACAGAAAACGUGCAAUGCCUUGGGCGACAUUAGCAGUCCGACCUAAUUAGGCUACAUUGUCUUCUAGAAAUCUUAGACCACUUUGAAAAUAACAUUGUAACGUGCGAAAGUAGCUUAUAUAAUAAACUCGACAAAAUUUUCCAUAUGCAUUCAUUUGCGAAUUUUACCAUGCACAAGUCACUUGUAAAAUAUUUCGUCUGUUUAAAUAUUAUAUAAUUAAUGUUACUGUUUAGACGACAAACUACGUGAAAAUGGAGUCCGCUGAAACACUAGGCUAUAUGAAAAAUUGUGAAAAAUAUUUAAUUUGACGGAGGCAUCUCGGGAAUCGAUUGAAUGAUGUUUAAAUGGUCAGUCUGUGUCUUGUUCUUUAUUUUAAACUACUAGUUUAAAGACUGUACAUUAAAUUGUAGGUUUUCAGAAUAUAAUCUUUUUCCCGUUAGCCCAUGUACUAUAGUGAAUAACUGCCAUGAUAAAAUAGCGCGUCUGAUAAUGGUACCACAAAUCGGUUUGACGCCUACAUGCUAUACCUGUACUUUAAGAUCAAGGCUUGUCAAGGUGCACCCUUAGACUUGUGUCACUGGCAUAUGUGACUUGGAUUUGUAUUACGUGCGGUUUUACUGAAUCAUUAUAUAAUCAAAUUAGGAUGUCUGACCGUUCUUUUUAGGGCAAAAAUGCUUGUAGCAGUAUGUGUAUAACACAUUUAUUUAAAGAAAAUGAAAUAAUAUUAACAAUCAAAAAAGUAAUCAGUCGAGUAAAUCGGGAAAAUUAAAGUAAUCGAGUGGAUUAAUAUAAAAGUUGGAGUUGAUCAACGUGAAAGCCAGCUAAUAACAAGAUACAUGACUAUAUUAUCCAUUUAUAUGAAUAAACAUCACUGGUGUGUAUCACUUUUAUCACGUGCAAAUGAUUUUUACUAAUUCCUUACUGGCAGGAUGUAUGAACGCGUUUGUGUAUUGCGGGUGUGCACGAGGUGGAUUAGCUAGUUGUCUGCUCCUGCCCGCGGCUGCUAAGUCAAAAGUGCAUCCAUUUUAUACAUCGGUAAUUUUACCCACUGCUUCACAAAAUAUUUAAAAAGUAAGAUGUAUUCAUAAAAAUAUUCAGUUUUGUUUUUCUAAAACUGCUUGGACCUUAGAGAAGCAUUAUUUUAACUAAUCGUGAGAUGUUAUACUAUAAUAAUGUCUCAUUUGUAAAUAAAACAAUUUAGUCUUCUUAUUGUUUUACUUGCCUAUUUAUGUCUAUUUUUUUCGAAUUGUGACACUGAUUGCUAAAUGAGGUUGUAUGAUUAGGUUAAUAGUCAUGGAGAGGAUACUUGGCCUCAUUGGGAUGUCCAGACUAAAGUGACGAGCCUCCGUGUUCUUACUUUGAAACUUAACCGGUCCUUCUUUUUUUCUGAUGCAGCGUCUGGAAGUCAAAGAGCGGCCAGAUUUGGCACUGCAUGCGCGGCAGAUUUCAAAGCAUUUUCUGUAGUUUUUUUUUUUUUUUUUGAAACGGAGUCUUGCAGCGAACGCAUGCGUGUCCCUUUUAAAACAAACCCUAGCCUCCAUCAAUCAUACAGGACUCCAGCCAAUCCCAAAGCGUUCUAUUUUAAAAGCGGUUCUGCCUGCUGUGCUUUUAUAUUGCACCACGGCCUGUUUCGGCCAGUUUUACUACUAUGCUUACUUCCACAAAUCACAAGAGCAAAGUGAACGGCAUGAGGCACAUACCAACUUUUAACUUACUAUGUCUUGUUCAGCUUGCGAAUUUCACACGCAGAUAAUAUAUAGCAGGGAUAAAGGGAUGGGAACUACUAGGUAAAUUCUUAACAUAAGAUGGUUGUUUUUUCCAAUUUCACAGCCAAACUAACAACAAAACAUGUCAUGCCUGUCGAGGUUUAGUGGCUGCCCUCUCUCUCACUUGUACCCUGGGGAGAGCAAUACUGAAGCCAGCGUGAUGCUGCCACCUUUGGCAGCGGAGCACACAGGACACCCCACUGGCACUUCCUUAAAACUCUGCCCCGCACAAAAUUUACGAGACGAUCCUGAGGCAAGAUACAGUGUGUAUCUUGACUAUUUGGGUCCUCGAUCUUCACACUCUGGAUACGCCAGUCGCCGUCUACAACGCAGCUCUAAGGGUAUUAUCGGUGGACCAGAUCUUUCUGGAACAACCAUGUCACCAGUCACUGACCAACUUGCACCAAGAGCUACCCAACAUGGUACCAGUGGAAGGUACCGUGACCUUCCCAGCUCUAGAGAAGGCAGGAGCCAUGCAUUUUUCACAGCGUACCAAGAACAGGCCCACGGCUCCUCUGACUCAGCUCGGAAGCUCGGCGGUCAAAUAAUGGUGGCUCUACCUGGGGACAUUCUCUCAAGAACGCAGCCGUACAGCCAAGCCCUGGGCAGCUCAGGGGGUCACGGUCAGCAGUUUGUCACCCAGUUCCUGAGUCUCUACAAGCCUCUCAAUAUGGCCAUCCAUGGAGGAAGUGACUCUCUUCUAAGGUACUCCAGGCAGAACCCAAAGCGUGACUUGGUCUGCAGGUGGAGUGGCGGCCAACAGGGGGCUGGGAAGAGCCCCUGCAUGAGGACCUUCGCCAGUAUGUAUGAACUGGUGACACACGUAACUGUGGAGCACGUUGGAGGACAUGACCAGUCUGAGUACAUUUGCCACUGGGAGAGCUGCUGUAGGUCAGGAAAGCCAUUCAAGGCCAAGUACAAACUGGUGAAUCACGUCAGAGUCCACACUGGAGAGAAGCCUUUCCCGUGUCCCUUUCAUGGCUGCGAGAAAGUGUUUGCCAGGUCAGAAAACCUCAAGAUCCACAAGAGAACACACACAGGUGAAAAACCCUUUAAAUGUGGGUUUGAUGGCUGCAGUCGGAGAUUUGCUAACAGCAGUGACCGGAAGAAGCAUUCCCACGUGCACUCCAGUGAUAAACCCUAUAUGUGUAAAGUCAGAGGGUGUGAGAAGCGUUACACCCAUCCAAGUUCACUCCGCAAGCACAUGAAGCUUCAUUUCAAGGGUUACAUGGCCAAAAGUGAUGAGGGGAGUGGGGAAGACGGGGAGCACCUUCACAAGGUCAGGCUGCCCCACGAAACGGCUCGUCGAGGCGUUUCCUCUUCUGAAGUUGCUCCGUCCAAUUCACGGUCCUUGCGAGGUUCGCUAUCACCCGAAACAAGAAAUGGGCCAAGUUUCUAUACACUCGACCGAAGCCUGGGAUAUUCUGCAGAAAGGUCACAGCCCCUGUUGGACCCAGUGCUGCUACAGAGAGGCGAUUAUAGGACUGAUUCGGGUCAAUAUAGCACCAGCCAUCAGUCCCACAUCGGUGCCCAGAGUAACAGGACUUUUCAUGGGCCCGCUUUCCAAAAAAGUAUCGCAAACGGAUGGUACACUUGUCAUAAUGGGCCAGCGGCCCUCUCAAAGCAGUGUAAUGAUGAUGUGUAGAUCAUCAGAAUAAUACUCUAAGUGAUUUGUUUGAAGCAGUGUUUCGAAAUAUACGAAAGUGUAGUAGCCUAUGUACAGCUUGACAGAGUAAUAAAAUGGGCGCUUUGCUUUUUAACGAUGCUCUUAUUUAAUCUUUGCGUUUUAAUGUGACUUAAUGUCGUGCAAUCGGGGACUGACAAGCUUUAAAUUAUGUAUAUUACUCUGUUUUUGACUGUGUUAGUAAGGCGUUUGUGAAGGUUCAUGACCAUCUUUUAACCCCGUUCCCCUCAUAUGCAAAAAUAUAACACCUUCAUUUCUCUUUGGCUUUUAGAUUUUCUGAACUCGUUUGUAAUACUUGUUAAUGCCUUUAACAUUUAGCUUUUAUAGGCUACUUGAAUUAUAAAUUACUAUAAUAGGCUAUUUUUUUCCUGCAAGAGUUGGAAUGUUUGUUGAAGACAUACCGCAGUCGCGUGUAAUUGUGUAACCGAAGAGUCUUUAAUCAAGGUUUAAUAUGGACCCAUAUUAAUUGGCCCAAUAUUAAGGCGGCUUGAUAUUGAAACAACGGAUCACUUUAACAUUUAAAACGAGGUUGUCUUCAUUUUUUUUAUGAGUGGCCUCAUAAAAACCUGCGGAGUCCUAUAUAAAAUGUAACUUGUGAAGAGUGAAAUCCAGAUAUCAUAAUGUGUAUAAUUUAAUUCAGGAUACUGAAAUCCAUAAUAAAAUGAGCUGUUUGAAGCGUU